AUGCUGCCCAUUGUUCUCGCGCUUACGGGGCUUUGUUUGUCGGUCCUGUCUACAGACGCGGUGAGCAGUGCGGAGUUUGAAAAAGCAGCGCGGGUGACGGUUGCGGUGAUGGUGAACUUCAGCAGUAAACCGUUUCGGGGGAAGCGGGAGCAGGAGGCGUACGACAAGACGUUCGCCGGGCGCUACCAGAAGCUCCUCAGGAAGAACCACUUCCUCUACUUUGGUCUUCCCUUUAUGCUCCUGAUCGUGGCGGGGCUGAUCUAUCUCCAGAAGUUUACCGCGGUGAAGUGGGAGCGCUACGACGAACGCCACCGCCAGCUUAACGAAGAGGAGAUGCUCAACAUGGUGGAGAAUAAGCGUCCCGUCGACAAGCGCGACGACUACUACCGUUUGCAAGGGUUGUUGACCGACCACUUGGAGAAGGAGGUGAAGCCGAACGAUGACUACGAGAUCGUGCGGGUGUCCCGUCGCCCCGAGGACGAGCCGGUGUGGGAUGCUCCCAAGUGA